GAUUGUAAAAAUAAAGCACAUCCACCUUGUCAUUAAAGCAAUUUGGCAAAGAAACAGGAUGGCUCGCAUCGUUAGUCUCUUGCCUUCCGCAGCAGAAAUUGUAUGUCAGGGGGAAAUAUGUACCUGUCUCUGUGGCUACAUUUAUUGGCUUACUGAAUGUAUCAUGUAGGCCUUCGACAAAAACAUGCUAGUUCAUUUUUUUUAUCUUUUGAUACACAUUAUAGAUUUGUUUAGUCGGUGGCGAAUCCGAGAUGGUAGCCAGGAGUCAUGAAGAUGACUUUCCUUCCACGAUCCAGCAUCUGCCAAUGUUGACGCGUGCCAAAACAAACUUCACGAGCUCUGCUGACGUCGAUCGUCAAGUCUCAGAGGCUCUCUCUCAGGGCAAUAGUCUUUAUCAUCUAGAUGUCGAUCAAUUAAAGGCCCUCCAGCCUACCAUCAUUGUCACACAGGACCUCUGCACCGUUUGUUCAAUUGACCUUGUGAGUGUGCAACGUGUGGCUAGUAAUAUGAACCCUCGCCCCGAAAUCGUGACCUUAAAUCCUACCUCAGUCGCCGAGGUCAUGGAAAGUGUCACUACUGUGGGAAAUGCAAUUGGCCAUGCCGAAGGCGCUGCUAAAGCCCGUGCAGAAUUAGAACGAAGGAUCCAACGAUGUAUCGAUAUAGGAGCUCAGGCCAAGAAGGACAAUCCAGAGUACAAAUCUAAAAGAGUCAUGUUUUUUGAAUGGACCGAUCCUAUAUAUCCUGCGGGUCAUUGGACACCUGAAAUGAUCGAAAUGGCUGGGGGUGUUCAUCCUAUCAAUCCACCUGGUUCGCACUCAAAGCGCGUUCCUGAGUCUGACGUGAUUGCCACAGAUCCUGAAGUCAUUAUUAUUUGUCCUUGUGGAUUGGAUUUGACAGCAACACGUAAGGAGUAUGAUCUGCUGAUGACUAAAGAUUGGUUCAGAACCUUGCACGAUAAAGCAACGACGGUCGCGUUGGUCGAUGGAAAUCAAAUGUUCAACCGUAGUGGCCCUCGUCUGGUCGAGUGUACAGAGUGGUUGGUAUCACUACUGCAUGAUCGCCCAGAGUUUGAGCCAAGUGGAUUUCCCUGGGAGAGAAUCAAAUGAGCCAAAUGAUUGGAAAUACC